CAAAAAAUGCUUUCAAUGUAUGGUUUGUUUGCAUCGAAAGUGAAACGCUUCCCAAAUGUGACACAAAUCUCUUGGUUAUUAUCUGUAGUGCGGAGAAUGAGUGGUGAUAUGACGGGCAAGAAGUUGGUUUGGGUUGACUGCGAGAUGACUGGUCUCGAUGUGAACGCCGACCGACUCCUGGAGGUGGCCGUCAUUGUGACGAAUGGCAACUUGGAUACGAUCAGACAAUUGGGUCCAUAUGUCAUCCAAACAAGUAAACAGAUUUUGGAUCAAAUGAACGACUGGUGUGUGAAGACGCACAACGAGUCCCCAGAACACUUCGUUACAGACCUCAGCCUCGACUGGCAGCUUCUUCACCUGUUUUUCGACAAGCUUCGAAUUGGAUCUAACGGCUAUGAUCGGCUCUUUCUGAACAAAUAUUGUCCAAAAUUCUCGUCGUGUCUUCACUACCGGACUGUCGACGUCUCGACAAUCAAAGAGUUGGUGCGGAUCUGGUAUAAGAAGGACGAGAGCUUUCGGAAACAAUUGACUCACAGAGCCAUCGAUGACAUCAACGAAAGUAUAGCUGAACUCAAGUUUUAUCGACAAAACUAUUUUAUAGACAAA